AUGGGUAAAAGAAAAAACAAAAAUGCGGAGAAAAAAAAGAAAAUUAGUUUAGUUUUUGAUGAAAAUAAAAGAAGGGAUUUUCUAUGUGGUUUUCGUAAGCGCAAACUGGAGAGAAAAAAGAAAGCAAAAGAACAAAUGGAGCGUAUGCUAAAGGAAGAAAAGAAGCGUAUUAAGCAAGAGAAUAAAGAAUCUUACAAAAAGCUGGUGGUAUCCUGCCGUCCAAUACCUGAUAUUGAACAGUUGCUCCAAGAAGAAUAUGAAGAUGAGGAUGUAAAUGUAAAAAUAGUUGAAUUGUCAUCAGAUACUCUACAAAAAAAAGAUAUAGUUAUAGGGGAUAACAGGCCAAAAGAAAAUGUUAAAAAGGUAUUGGAAACAAAGAAAAAGGAAGAAGAUGUAUUACCAAUAAUUCCAGGUAUGGGAUUAGGUGACGAAAGUACUAAUGAAGUUUCAGAUACAGAAGAUUCCAAAGACACAAAUAUUAAAACGAAAAAAGAAAUAAAGCAAAUGCUUAAGAAGCAAGCAACUAAAAAAAUACAAAAAAGUAAAGUAUUCCAAAUGAAGAGUAAGUUAGAUAGAAUACAGAAUAAGAAAAAAUCACAACAAAGAAAAAACCAUGUGAAGAAGGCAAAAUCAGAUAUGAAAAGAAAUAAGUCAAAAAAUAAAAAUCAUAGAAAGAAGUGA